GUUUUCUGUUGAAUCAGACUCGUGUUGAAGCUCUAAAUGUAGCAUGAUGCUUAUUUACAAAUAGAGGGUUAAAAUCGGUCAUCUUUGAAUUCAUAUCUUUACACUUUUUUCACCAGUAGCACAAAUACACUGUUAUAUACCAGGACGUGGCUUGCCAAAGACGUUUUACUUACUUUAAAUGAGCUGUUUAGCAGUUAGCUGUUUAGCUGUUAGCUGAUGGUGUUGUAAACAAUAUUCCACAUUUGAGCCAUGCUGUUAAAUGUUCUACAGGGAACAGAAGCUGGAGGAUUCAUAAUCAUUGAAGAUACUGUCAAAUACAGUGGCCGGGGCAUCCUAAAAUGUUUUAUUAAUGCAGCCUUAAAGAGGGACGAGGACGUGCAUGUGUUAGUGUUCGAGACCCCAGAGCAAGAACUGCGUGCUGGUUUGGACAGUAGCUGUGUGCACAAGCUUCAUUGUCACAAGGGUUUCCCUGAUCCCCUUGGCUGGACCUGCAAGUCCUCAUUCACAGUUGAGAAGUUCACUGCUCAAGAGAUUACUCGGCUUGUCAAAGAGACACAGCAUGCCAGAGCUUCAGUACUUGUUGUUGACUCUCUCUCAUUGGUUUUAAGGCAUCAUGACCCUGUUGUCAUCUGCCAAAGACUCCAGGAGCUCAAGAAAGGAGGAGUUAUAAAAACUAUUAUUGGUCUUCUGCAUUCAGACUUGCAUCAGCAUGGCAUUGAAGACAUUAUGUGCCACCUAGCCAGUACUGUUAUCUCUGUGGCACCUGUAAACAAUGAACGUCAUGCUGUGGCAAAGACCACUCGACGCACAAAGUCAGGCAAAGUUAUGCGAGGGGAAGAGUACUUCAGUGUGUCAGAGGAUGCAACCCUCUCUGUACAGACCAUACCACAUCAGCCUGGCCAUGCACAGAAAAAGGAAGAUGUAGCCGAGGCCGACCCAACAUCAAACUUGACCUUUAAUCUUCGUCUGUCUAAGGAGGAGAGAGAAGCCAAGGAGAAAGUAGCACUGCCAUUUGUAUUUAGUCAAGAAAAAAAAUCAGCUCUUCUGAAGCCAACUCCUGGCUCAGGAAGGAUUAUGUAUGAGCUUGAUGCCAAUGAUGACUUUGAUGAGGAAGAUCCAGAUGAUGAUCUUGAUGUGUAAAUGAAAACAGCACAGAUAAUGUGUAAAUGUUUCAUGGAAACAGUAAUUUCUAUAAAUCAUAAUUUAUGAUUCAUAAAUGUUAUUAAUAAUAAAGACUUUGAAAGUGUCUGGGACAGUCUCAUUGGAAGAAAACUAUUUGAAGACUAUGUUUGAGAAGUUGUUUGAUGAACCAGUGUUAUUAUCGAGUAUGCAAUGGAAUGCAGUUUUAAACUGAGGGUUUUUGUAAUGGUAGGAUAACUUAUGGGAGAAAAAUGUUUUAAGUAUGUUUGACAUAUUGUAUUCAAGCACUGUCAUUUAAAAAUAUUAUUCAGUAAUCACCUCAAGAUGGAGGAUAAUGAUCACUAUUAACGUGCUAUUUUUACAUCCUUUUUUUAAUAAAUGUUGACUGAAUUUGUUUUAUUUGUUAAUUGACUUGAGAUUUUGACCAAAUUAUCAUGCUUUUUCUUCAGCCAGCCCCACUUUAAAAUUGAAUUCAAGAAAUAAAUAAUGACAAAGGGGAUCUCCUAAUUCAAAUGUACCAUGGCAACCAUGGUUUACACCAAAAUAUCAUGGUUACUAAUGUUAUUAAUACUUUAUUAUUGAGGUAUUGACUACCAUCGUCAUAAGUAGCGUUUCAUUCUUGAAUCGUUCUUGGUCACUUCCAUUUUUUCUGUCACUAAUGUCUUUGUGUGUUUUAAAGGUGCACUCCGUAAUUUUUUACUCAUUAAAAAUUGUUUUGU